ACAAUAAUCCUCAAAUUCAAUCAUCAAAUAAUUCCUUCAAAUUUGGGUUUCAAACAAUUUCAAAAUCUUGAAACCCUUUGCCAAUGUCAUCUCCUCCCCCAUCAAAUCCACCCACCACCACCACGACAGCCGCCGCAACCGCAACCGCCGAUUUCUUUAAAUCGGUAGCGCGACAGAGACCCCGAAAACACGUUCACCCAGCAAUCUACCAGACCUUCUACAAUCACCAACCCGCCACCACAGCAGCUUUCCCACCACCAACACAACGCCAGCAACCACAACAGCAGUCCCUUCACUCCAAUUUAAGAACUCAACAUCAACAAUCAACGGCCGGGGGACUUCUUUAUCCUGUUGCUUCUUCCGGCAGGGGAUUCCUAUCAAAGCAUCAACAACCCAGCUCCGAUCAGAAUGCGGCGGUGGGAGUGAUAGCCAAUUCUGAUGGCUUCCCGCCUCGGCCUGUCUCCGCUUACCCUUAUGCUCUUCAUCGGCCAUAUGGGUUCUCGAAUUCGGAUAUUCCUGGUCAGACUUCGCAUCAACUGGUUACUCCCUCGUCUGCCCAUUUGCAACCCCUUAUGGGGGGUGGCGCUGUGAUGCCCACAGUUGCUACGGGAGUUUCAGUUUCUGCAAACCCAAAGGUUGUUGGGCAGUCGCCAGUUGCUGAUGAUAAUAGCUUAAAAAAUAUAAGGGAUAAGAAUGGAGAUGAUAGUUUUGUUAUUAUUAGAGAUAGAAAGGUUCAAGUUUCUGAGGGCACUUCCCUUUAUGCCCAAUGCCGAUCGUGGUUAAAGAAUGGGUUUACUUUGGAAAAUCAGCCACAAUAUGUGGAUUGCGUGAAAUCUCUUCCAAAGCCAUUGCCUGCAUCCAUGGUAGAAGCAAGAAAGGAGGAUGAUAUGGAGAUAGAAGAGAAAAUCGAAGAUGUUGAGCAGUUAUCUGCUAAGGAACUGUUGCAACAGCAUGUUAAGCAUGCGAAGAAGGUUCGAGUGAGAUUAAGAAAUCAAAGGCUACAAAGAAUCGAAAGGUACAAGGACCGUCUUGCUCUACUCCUACCCCCAGUUGUGGACCAACAACCGAAAAACGACCCUACUUCUUGAAGCCGAGCAUCAUCCAAAUUUCAAAGUUUGGUCGUUUGUUGCGAGUGUUUACAAUCGAACAAGACACAUUCAAAAUGGUCAUUUGAUUUCAUGACCAUCUCUAGGAUGUUUAUAAAAGAUUUCUUAAAUCCAUGGUUUUAUCGUCGUUUUAUCGAUUAUUUUGGGUAGUUAAUAAAGAGAAUAUAAUUUAGAAUUAAUUUUGAAGAAAAUAUAAUAUUUAUAUUAAACUUUGGAUACUUGCUUCUAAAUUUCUACAUAUGCAUCUGAAUUUAUUUGUAUAAAGUGGAAAAGUAUAAAGUGAACAACUUUAAGAA